UUAAUGAUCUCUAAGCCAAUAAUUAAGUUAACAGUUAAUUGUAAGAAAUCCACAUCAUGGUUGCAUUCUGCCCACCUCAGUUCUCAUACUCAAACAUGGGAUGGCUCUUAGAGGAGUUAGAGCCAGAGUCCUUAAUUAGUCAUAAAGAGAAGAACUAUGCAUCUUUAGAGUACUCGUUACCGUAUCAUCAAUUCUCUUCACCAAAGGAACAUGUUGAAAUUGAAAGGCCACCAUCCCCUAAACUUAUGGCCAAGAAACUUAACCACAAUGCUAGUGAACGUGAUCGCCGCAAGAAGAUUAAUAGCUUGAUUUCUUCACUUCGUUCACUUCUUCCCGGUGAAGAUCAAACGAAAAAAAUGAGCAUUCCGGUAACAAUUUCACGUGUCUUAAAAUACAUCCCUGAUUUACAAAAGCAGGUGCAAGGACUUACCAAGAAAAAAGAAGAGCUUCUAUCAAGAAUUUCUCAUCGACAAGAAUAUGCAGUUAACAAAGAAUCACAAAGGAAGAAAAUUCCAAAUUACAAUUCUGCUUUUGUAGUUUCAACAAGUAGGCUUAAUGAUACUGAGCUUGUUAUUCAUAUUUCGUCUUAUGAGGCCAACAAGAUUCCUCUAUCUGAGAUCUUGAUGUGUUUAGAAAAUAAUGGUCUUCUUCUACUUAACUCUUCUUCUUCUAAAACCUUUGGAGGGAGGCUCUUCUAUAACUUGCAUUUUCAGGUGGAUAAAACUCAAAGAUAUGAGUGUGAUGAUCUGAUUCAAAAGCUUUCUUCAAUAUAUGAGAAGCAGCAAAAUAAUCAUUUGGGCACUAUGGAUCAAACGAUCAAUAGUGUUCUGAUAUAUUAAUUAAAGUUUAGGAUUUGGCUCUUUAAUUUUUGAUUUUUUGACUGUAGAGGAUUUGGCUCUUGGUAGUAGUUUGUAGUACAUAGUAUUUUAAUAGCACGGGUUAAUUAAAAGCUUGGAAAGGAGCAACAACAUGACCCCCACUAUAUUAUUAUGGUAAAAUUAGUUAAUAGAUCUAGUAGGAAGAAGGUGCAUGGAUUGUAGGAGUUUUUUUUACUGGAUUUCAAGAGCUUUUUUAAGAGUGCAUGGUGUAAUUGUUACACGACCUAACCUAGCAAAUUAAAUGAUAUAUGCAUGGUUGAGUUUUUUUUUGUUGUACAUUUCAUUUAAAAUAUAUAUGAAUUAAAAAAAAGUUGUUGUAAUAUUCUCAAAUCAUCUGACAUUUGGCCACACAAAAUAGUGGGACUUCUAAUCCAUGUUCUUAAGGUUACCUUAAUUCAACUAGAUCAAAAUACAAAUUAGAUAAAGGCUAAACUAAA